AUGCGACAGCACAAAAACGAUCCAGGGAGCCAGGCUGUGCUGGUGAACGGGGUGGACGUGAACGCGGUGCUGGCGGCACAGCACAGCAUGCUGCAGCUGUACAGCGCCGCUUUGGAAGGACAGCAAACCGUUGAUCGCGCGCUGAGGAGCCGCAUCAGUGCACAAAUGGGCGUGAACGAGCAGCAACAACGAGCAAUCAACCAGCUGAGCAGGAGGCUGUGUAAGGUGGAGGAUCCUGGGGCCAGCACCUUCGGCGAGGAAAGCAUUGCCCCGCUCACAACAAGCUGCUGCAAGUUCAUCGGUAGCGCCGUGGCCAGCAACGGCUUGAUCUACGCAGCACCCUUUAACUCGCCCUCUGUGCUCAUUAUCGACCCAAGCACCAACACCGUCGACGUCACGUCGAUGGAGGUGUUCCCCGAGGACGUGAACAAGUGGGCUGGCGCUGUGCUGGCACACACAGGGGACGUGUACAUGAUCCCGGCCUCUGCAACGCAGGUGCUCAUCGUCGACCCAAGUACCAACACAGCCGACACCACAAGCAUCAAGGCCGUUGGCUCCGCCAGUUUCAAGUGGUUUAGCGGCGUGGCAGCGGACAACGGGCUCAUCUUCGGCGUCCCGUUCUCCGCCACCUCCGUGCUGAUUAUCGACCCCGCAACCAAGACGGCAGACGUCACCACGCUGUCCGGGAUUCCCGAACAACGAUACCAGUGGUACGAUGGCGUUCAGGCGGAGAACGGCCUCAUCUACUGCUUCCCCAUCUCUGCUGACUCGGUCCUCAUCAUCAACCCUGCCACACUGACAAUGGACUUGACGACCAUCGCUGGCCUUGGCUCGGAGUCCAAAUGGUACGGCGGCGUGCUUGCAAGCAACGGCCUCAUCUACACCAUUCCGGGCAGGAGCGCGACCACGCUCGUCAUCGACCCCAGCACAAACAGCACAGAUACGCUGACCAUUGCCUCGCAAACAACCUUCGUCAAAUGGGUCGGGGGUGUACAGGCCAGCGGCGGCAACAUCGUGGGCAUCCCACAUGACCUCGGUUCCGCCCUUCUUUUUGAGCCCACCACCAGCGCCUCCGACAACACGACCAUCAACGGGCUUCCAGGCAACGCAAAGUGGUGGGGCGGUGUCGUCGCUCCAAAUGGCCUCGUCUAUGGCAUCCCAUACUCCACAAACGAAGUGCUCGUCAUGAACGCCGGGUGUUAG